GAAGUCGGACCGCUUCAAAGCAGUAUAUUUGUUAUAUGAAAGCAGUGCCACACCAAACGCGAGUAUUAACGGACGUGUAGCGGGCUUAAGACGGGCGCCGAAUUAAAUUUAAUCAUAGUAGUACGGACGAAAUGUUUUAUAUAGUUUUAUUAUUAUAAUAGUGGUCACUUUCCAGCGCCGCAUGUGCGAUGUUCUUGAGUGAAACACCGUGUACUACUUUCUUAAGACCACUGUAAACAUUAUAAAGAGGCGAAAUGACGGGCAAGAAACUGCCCUAUCCAAAAUCAGUAUUCUUUAUAGUCAGCAAUGAGUUUUGUGAAAGGUUUAGCUACUAUGGGAUGCGAACAAUUCUUAUUCUCUACCUCAGAAACAUCCUGCUUUUCUCGGAACCAGAUUCGAAAAUCAUUUACCAUGCCUUCACGAUGUUCGUCUACUUUUUCCCCGUGUUCGGUGCCAUUAUUUCAGACAGUUGGCUGGGAAAAUUUAAAACCAUCUUCUACAUGUCCAUAGUGUAUGCUGCAGGAAGUAUUUUGUUGGCUGUUUCCGCAGGACCCGACUGGAUUCCACAGGUUAUUUUGCAGUUUACAAUUAUUUUGUUAUCAAAAACAUUGUUUUUUUCAGUUGGCCUUCUCAAUGCUGGGUCUGAUGCUCAUAGCACUUGGUACUGGAGGAAUCAAACCUUGCGUUGCCGCAUUUGGAGGCGAUCAGUUCGUUCUUCCGCAACAAGAUGUCCAGUUGGCCUCUUUCUUCUCCCUGUUUUAUUUCUCCAUCAACGCCGGUAGUUUGAUUUCCACUUUUUUGACCCCCAUACUCAGAUCAGAGCACUGUUACGGCCAAGAGUCAUGUUUCUCGUUGGCUUUUGGAAUACCUGGAGUCCUCAUGGUGACAUCAUUAGUUAUUUUUGGACUUGGAAAACCACUGUAUAAAGUCGCAAAACCGGAAGGAAAUGUUGUGGUCCAAGUAUCAAAAUGUAUUGGGCAUGCCAUCAAGCAAAAAAUGAACAGGAACAAAUCCGACAAACAGAAGGACCAUUGGUUGGAUUACGCAGCUGGUAAAUACGAUGAAGAACUUAUUAACAACAUCAAAGCCACACUCAAAGUGCUGGUGAUUUAUUUGCCUCUACCAGUUUUUUGGGCUUUAUACGACCAACAAGGUUCAGGAUGGACCUUUAUGGCUGUUAGAAUGGAUGGAGACAUUGGAUUUGCCACUAUUCUUCCCGAUCAAAUGCAGGUGGUGAAUCCCUUUUUGAUUCUCUCCUUCAUCCCCCUUUUCUCCUACUGCGUUUACCCUCUACUAGCGAAAUGCAACCUCCUCAAAACGCCUCUGCAGAAGAUGUGCUGCGGAGGUCUUCUGGCAGCUCUGGCUUUCGGUGUAUCCGCUUGCAUCUCUCUAUGGUUGGAGUCCACCUAUCCGGUUCUACCGACCUCCGGGAACAUCCAACUCAGAGUGUACAACCCCACGAAUUGCGACGUUGCCAUUAGUUCCACGGGAGAACUGAAUUUUAAUGCGAAACUUGGCGCCAACGCGUACUUGCACCAAUCAGAUAUCCAGUAUAGUGGUGACGGGUUGAUUUCGUUCAGCCUCGCAUCAGAAACGCCAGAUUGUUCGAAGUUGAAGGAUUUACAAAUGAACAUCACAACUGGUUUUGCUUACGGUAUUUUCAUUGGUACAGAUGAAAGUGUACCGUACAAAGAUGACAUCGAGAAAACCGAUGAUGGUAAUCCUGUCGUCAGAACUCUUUCUUCUAAAGAGGUAAAAUAUAGCGGCGACAGCACAAUUCUGGUUGAAGCUGGCAACAUAACGCAAAGAACUUUUGACAUUGGUACCUACAAAAUCGAGGGGACCAAUGGCGAAUACAAAUUCAAGCUUGGAGGAAAAUACGUGGUUAUGGUGAACGGGGCCACAACCUCCUCGAUUAUAGUGACAGAGCCGAAUUCGGUGCACAUUCUUUGGCUGAUUCCUCAGUACGUCAUCAUCACCGCUGCCGAGAUCAUGUUCUCCAUCACAGGUUUGGAGUUUUCCUACUCCCAAGCGCCUUCCUCCAUGAAGUCAGUCCUGCAGGCAUGCUGGUUGCUGACCACCGCCUUCGGCAACUUGAUCAUCGUCAUCAUAGAGUCGGGAAAAAUUUUCGAGAAGCAAUCGUACGACUUCUUCCUCUACACCGCCCUGAUGGUCCUCGAUAUGGUGGUGUUCGUCUGGCUGGCUACCAGAUACGUAUACGUGGAAAACGUGGAAAGCGACAGCGAGGACACGGAACUUCCGUCGAGAAAUUCCCAUUCGUCGUCGAUCAAGGAAAAAGAUGGCAUCGAAAAUCCCACCUACGCAGAGUGAUAGACUUUUUGGCAUCUAAUCUUAUGUAUUAACCAGUGAACUGUGAGUUUUUUGUUGAACUUUUAUCAGACACAAAUCAACAAAAAACAAUCCUAAUUUAUUUUUUAUAAAGUACCUAUUGUAAUUUAUAACUAUUUUGUAUUUUUUUUUGUUUUAAGA